AUGGUUGGAGGAAAUUUCAUGGCGCAAAACUCCACGCAAGAAUCGUUAUACGAGGAGGUUAUUACAAAGCACCCAUGCCCGCCUAAGACUGAUAUAAACAGCAAUAUUCACAUCGACAUAAACAAUACUUCUGUCCCGCAAGGGAAAGAGGCAAAAUCAGUAGGGAUGCCAAGUAGCGACACAAGGGAUCAUGAAGAAGUUAUGGAGGAUUGCGAAAACAUCUACGAGAUUAUACCAGGAGAUCAGUGUGCGCCACAAAAUAUUAAGCCCUGUUCGGUGAUUCGUUCUUUCAGCUUGAGUAGUGCGGAUGGAAACAAAGAAAGUCUUGAAAGGAAGACAGAACAGCUCAAGGACACUUCGACUUCGAGCGAAUCCAAUUCUGUUCCAUCGUCGCCAAAAGCGGCAGUUCGGGAUAAAACUGAUGAUUUGAAUUCGACGCAAUACGCUGAAAUAAUUCUGACUAAAAGGGUGUCAGAUUUUAUCCCUUCCAGGCCUACAAGGGAAUCGGAAAACCCCAUUCUAAGACAGGACUUUUCAGGAAGCCUCUCGGGUUUACCAGAAAACUUGCGAAAUUUGCACAAGCACCUCACUGAGUUGUCCCAAGAUCGCUUUCUCGAAGUACGCAACGCAAAGACAACUCCAUCCACAACUCCUGAAUGUGCUCGAAAACCCAACGAAGGAAGCCAACGAUUGCCAAAAACUGUUUCUCCGAGACAUUCGCCAAAUCAUUCACCGCGCGCAAAGGAGUCGCCAGGUCCGCUUUACUCAAAUAUGGAAUUCCAAUUUAUGGAGGACAACAACAGUUCUCGGCGAAGCUCUGCAUGCAGCAGUGUUAGUUUUAAUGAACGGCAGAGCUUGAGUAGCUCAGAGGAUGCAAACAGAGAUACUGAGGAGUCGCCCUAUGAAAACAUUAAGGAUUUAAGUGUGAAUGAGGCUGGAAGAACUCGAAAUGGGAGCAAGCCAGUUGAUAUUGUGUACAGUGAUUUGCAUUUCCAUGAAGCGCACCGAUCUAGAGCAGUACUUGAAAAAACUGUAACCAGCCUUGUUAGUACCUCGCACGAGACAGUGAGCACCGAUCACUCGAGAGCUCGAUCACUCCCGGUACAGUCAAGCCCAAAAUUACCUCCGAGAGAAAAAUUGAACCUGAAUUCAAGCGAUCCACGACCGAAGAGUCGGAGUCUGGGAAAGCUGAGUGGAGGCGCGCUCGGAUUUUACGUUGCGCAUUUUGUCAAGCGAGUAACUGUUCAGAGGUCGAACGCAAAAACUCUGCAAAUGACAAUUCAAGAUAUUGUGUCAAAGACAAAAGUAGAGGAUUGCUCUUCAGUAAACGUAGAAGUUACAUCUGAUAUGAUGCGAAUUAGUACAAACUGCGCGCCUUAUGAGGUGAUCGCAAGUUUUGAUGUGGAAAACAUUGGCUGCAUUGAUUUGUUUGAGCAGGACCACACGACCUUAGGAGUUGUAGUAUGUUUGCCGGAUGUAGACGCUGAAUGUUUUGUUAUUCGAUGCUCAGAAGCUCAGAAGAUCUACAGUGCAGUCAGAAACGCUUUCAAUUCUUCAAACUCAAAGGUAAGCUUGAAUCAAUCACGUCUUUGAAGUAUGUUAGUUUGAAAUCUGAUAUUAGCAUGGUUAAUCUUUUUUAAGAAAGGUGUUAGGGCGAGUAUUUGUUUACGCUAAUAUUCACCGGUUCAUUUGUUGCGUACUUUUCAAGAUACAAAAAGACAGAAAAAAAUAAGAAUUGUACUUGACGGCAAAAGAUGUUGCUUUUCGACUGAUUAAGGGAACAGAACACUCAAUGGACCAUAAAUCGGAUAAAGUUCACGGUAUAGUUGUCCAAUUUGACAAUUUUGACGCACCCCUAGGUAUUUCCGGUUGAGGUUUUAUAUGUCCGGAUGUUAGCUUGUCUUUUCAGGUCGUCUUACACAGGGAUUAAAAUUUUCGCGUCUUACUCAUAUAUAUUUAAGAUUAAGAAUUUAUGAUUGGAAGAAAAAAAUUACAGAGACUCCUGAAGGUACAACAAAGUCUAUCGGUUUGUUAUUAAAAUGACCGGCUGUUCGCGUCAAGGCGAGAAUCAUGUGCUCCACCAUUCAUCAAACAUAGGUUCGUUUGUUUUGAAAUAUGAACCAUUUAAAAAAAGAAAGAAAGAUAGAGAGAGAGAAAGAAGUAGUCUUUGACCAACUGGAUCAUAAAGAAACAGCUUUACCUUUCUUGUCGUGAAUAGAUGUUGGACACUAGAACAGGGCACUGAAAAUGAGCUUUUACUCCUCAAGAUGAAAGUUGAAUUCAAUUUUCUCAAAUCUCUUAACAAUCUACUUUUGUUUGCUACUUUUAAUUACAUGCUUUGCUUGUUCGUAAAUUAAUCCAGAAUUAACCACAAUCUUCUUCUUCAAGUGCUUUCCCCUAAGAAAAGAUUUACGAUUUAAGUGAAGAAUGACUCAUACCCUCACGUUUAUGGACUUAUUCAUUUUAAUGAUAACUUGAGAUGUUUCUUGAAAUUUUGAAUGUCUCAAAGUUAUUUUUCCUAAAGUAUCAUUUUUCGUUACUAAUGGUGACAGUAACUCAUCAAUUCGCAACCUCACCAGAAAAGAAAAAAUCAUAAUUUUAAUGUGUGAUUUUCUCUCCCCACGUUUUUGUAGAUUUGCCUUAUCAUUUUCGGGUUUGAUAGCGAUAGUAAGUUGUCGAUUCACACUUAUGUUACAUUAUCUCGUUAAAACGCAAAAAAAUCGACAAUUGCUUGCGACAUUUUCUACCACACGACAAUUAUAGGUCUUCACUAUGUUUGGGUAGUUGUCUAAGAAAAUAUGUUUUAUUCUUUUUCUACUGUGUUUUGUAGUUAGUUGGUUUGUAGCAAAUUUAAAUCGAUCUUUCAGUUUUGAGGGAUUAGUUUAGACAUUGUUUGUCUUUUUCCCUUCGUCCUAGACUUUCAAGGUGCCAGCCUCGACUCCAGUUGGACCAGAGAGCUGGUUGGGAGAUGAUGACAUCACAACGUUCACUGGCAUUUCGUAUCUCGGAUCACUCAAGGUCAAAAAGUCGUACUUGUUGAUCAACGAAAGUAUCACAUCUCUCCUGGAAAAGGCACAUCCCAAAGAAUUCAAAAACACUUUUGUUGAAGUACAUGCCAAUCAAAUUCGAAUAAUAGAUUCACGGGACAAUAAAAUAAUACAUCAACACGCCAUUCCAUGGAUCUUACUGCUCGGUGUUUACGAUCAAGACACAAGGCUCUUCGGCUACAUUGUGUCGGAUGCACGACAAGGGGAAAAGACCCGGAUGAUUUGCCAUGCGUUCCGAUGUAGUCGCAUCACUACGUCAGUGGCUGUAACUGAAGCUAUCCGGCUUGGUUGCCAGGCCACGUAUUCCGAACGGAGGGACUCGGUUCGAUCAUCAAGGCGAAUCUCGUUCAUUUCAGAUAGUUCUAGUGGUGGAUCUUUGGAAACCAUGUCUUCGCCGCCGAAUGAACAUCUUGAUUCCACGGUAUGUUAAUGAGCAAAUCCUACCUAAGUAAUUUUUGAUUUAGAGUCGAAAGCAACUUUGGAAUUUCAAAAGUUUUUGCUUUUCUGCAUUGUGUGAUUAUUAAAAUAAUUCUCGCCAUCCUGUAAGCCAAUCAGAACGUUUAAGCCAAUUUUCUCGCUCUUAGGGAAGUUUGCUUUUGUUGUCAUUAUGUGGUUUAGGAUUUGUGACAUUCAUUUGGGAAGUUUUUGAUAUGUAAUAAAAAACAGUUGCCUUCGCAGCUUUGUUAACUAGUCGCCUGAUAUGAAAUCCAAUUCUCAAGCCACAUCUGCCUAAAGAAAGUGUGCACAAGGAGAAAGUCUCUAUUUCCUCUGAACCAUCUUUUUAGCAUUGUUUCUGACUAAGACGUAUUUGAUUUCAUGUAUAUGACCACGCCUGCAUCUAAAUACUCAUCAAGAAACGCCGAUUCAGUUAUGCUUUGAGAACCCGGUUAACUUUCUGUGCUUGUGAAGUCCCAUUGUUACUAAUAUUGAAUUUUGUGAUUUAUCUUGGUUCCUUAACUCAUAAUUCAAUUUUUUUUUCUGCAGGUUGAAAAACCGAAAAGCAAACAGCAGAGUUCAAAACAAGAAAACCCCAAAGCAAAGGAGAAGGAUUUCAUAAAAAGCAGCCUGAAGCCAAAACGCUUUGCCUCCAUGCCAAAUUUAAUAAGUCGUAAGUCUUCUAAAAGAGACAAAAAUCUCAAAAUGGAAAGCUACACCGACAAGAAUUCUGGGAGAACUACCUCGAUCAGUUCUGCGGGAGAGGAUGACGUCAUCGAAGGCUCAUGGGAGAUAGUGGAGGAGGAAAAGGUUUACAAUUUUGAUGUAACAUAUCUCUGUUCCACUGUUGUCAAUCCACCUCUCCGCCCAAAACACUUGCGUGAAUGUGUCAAACAAUAUCAGAAACAGCAGGCUAAGUUCCUGAAAAAAUUCGGACACGAACAGCCUUCAAAUGAGGUUGCUUUAUUGGUGUGUAUAGAUGGAGUUGAGAUGAAGGACUCACAGAAAGGAGGCCAAGGGAUGUUUUUCCCCCUAAGUUCAGUUAGCAAUGUAAUGGCUCAUCCAGAGACACCUGAAUACUUUGCUUUCGCGACUGUGGUUACUGGAGAUUCAAAACAUAAGUGCCACUUGUUUCAGCAAACGAAAGUUCCCUCUUCUGAGUUGAUUCAGAGUUUUCAAGCAUUUAUGUAGAGGAAAGUCCUAACAAACACUGCAUCACAAAAGCACGCAUUUGUCGUAGAGUGGUUGCUGAGUAACCGUGGUAAAACUAAGACUAAGUUCUGACUAAUCAAAGCGAAAGCUUAUGUCAAUCACCCUAUCAAAAAAUAAUGAAAAUGUGCAUCCAGCGCCAAGCGCGGGAAAAAUGCCAUUUGCGUCACUGCUGGUUUUGAUCUUAAUUGCCAAUGGUUAAAAUUUGCUUGGUUUGUGCUGAUUGAUUAUACCAAAUGAAAUUGUAUUACUUGAAUAUCGCUGGUGAUUAACGAAUAGAGCGAAACUUACCAAAACAAAGAAUGUCAAUUAAUUUUCAUUCUGCGAAAAGCUCACUAUAUCCGUGUACCAAUCCACGAUACCAGCCGGUUGUUUUGAAGCAGGAAUUGACCAAGGAUCUAAAACAAAUUCACCCAAGAAACGGGUUUCAAACGGCCAUUUGUUCGGGAAUACAUUUCAUGUUCGAUUUUAGCCUUCUUUAGUAAUCAUCAACUUAUCUGACCUACCGACUAUUUGUAGAAUUGUAUGGUUCCAUUUUUUUACUAAUCACAGAAAAUGACGCUUGAGACAAAUUUGAAGCAAAUAAGGAGACAGAGCUUCUU